GCGCGCCAACACACACCAACUACCACGAAAUGAAACGCUUGUAUUUUUAUGCGAGCAGGGAACAAUAGAAAGAAGGAAGAAGAACGUACCAUUAAGUAAAGAAAAGGCAUUGAAGGCACUCGACUGAUUCCUUUUUUUUUUGCAUAGAAGCCGACGUCCGCUGCAGUUCAAUUGCUAUUAUUAUUACUACCCGCCGUCUUCGUGUCGACGAGCACAGCGCUGCGAAAUGCGGCGUUAUCCCGCGCACAUCCGCAACUUCUACGACAAUGAUGACGACGACGUUCCAAAAGCACACCCACUCCCCCACACGCCACAGGACGACGACGCAGAACCGCUGCCGCAGCCGUCCAUCAUAAUCCGGCCCGUUGCUCGCUGUCCGAGCCGCACGUCUUCCCGACGCGCGGCAGCACAACUUAUUCCUUCUCGCUCUCACAAAGAGAAGAGUGAUGGCGACAGCAGUGCUUCGAUCGAGGACGUCAUUCCUUGGAUCGCCUCAUCGCCCCACGCGGAUGCACCUACUUUCACGGACGACCGCAACCCCACCGCGGACGAGUACGUUUCCCUGCACCAGAUGGAGGAGUCCGUAGAGGAGGCGAAGCGUGAUAUAAAGCGUCUGCAUGCGCUCAUGGUGAAGGCGGUCUGGCACGCCCUUACACAGCCAUCCGCUGCGGAGCAAAAGUUUCCAAAGAAUGCGGCACGGAGGGGCGCUGCGGGCACCGCUGUCACCGGCUCUUCUGUGAUACGAGGAAGGACACGAGACGACGCUUAUCACGCUCACCAUGCUGCGGGAACUACGUCAGCAACGACUUCCGCCACGUUGGUAACUUUUUCGGCUGACGCGACCGGCUUCUUCAACGAGAAGCCGUUUCUUCCCCCGGACCGCUACCCGACGCUGCCACCGCUCACUGAAAAAACCGACCACUUUCACGUGAAUCUUUCGCGUGCCCUCUUCGCCGCACAGCGUGCAGGCCUUUUAGAAAAGCAACGCGCCUGGCUGCAGCAGCGACAGUCUUUACUCGGUGCUGCCUCUGCUGCUCCGACAAAAGUUGCCGCCGCCUCGUCGGGGUCCCCCUCUACGCGGCAAACAGCGCUGCAACGCAUCUCAGCACUGUCCACCGCAGCCACCUCCUCCAAUCCGCACGGGCAACGUGCUGCCGGCCGCACGACCGCCGCUAAGCCCCCCUCUGACACGGCGAGAGGCGUCUAUGAGACGAAGGAGGAACUUGUCCAGUCCUCCCUCUCUCUUGUUGUUUUGCGCGUGGCAAAGGACCGUGCGGUGGCGACGCUGUUUCUUCGCCAGCUCCGACUCGACGCGUACCGGCGGCAGCUUCUGCGCGACAACGUGGCUCUGCGCUACACGUACUAUGUACAGCGUCGCGUGCUGCGAGACUGGCGCGUGCGUGCAUCGAGACAGCACGUGUGGCGCGCGCAGGUUCUCCAACGAGCAGUGACGCAGUGGAAGCUGUACGUGCAACGCCAUCACGCCCUUCGCGAGCGGCUGCGUUGGUGGCGCCAGGAGCUGCGUCGACGUGCGCGUGCCUUCACAGACUGCCAGCGCACACGCCUGCUACGGUAUUGGCAUCAGUGGACACGCACCUUCACGUGGCAUCGGGAGCGCUGUGGGCUCUACGAGACGGCUGCGCAGUUCGCUCAGUCACACCGCCGCCCUGCCCCCUUCGUCCUGCACGGGGAUGCCGACGGAUGUGAUGCACGGAGUGAACUCCUCGCGCUGAUUCACGGCGGUCCGUUGACGGCGAAAGACGGUGGCGUGGUGGCGACGCCGGUGGGGCACCGACUGGCCCUCCAGCGGAUUUUCCAAACGUGGAAACGUAAAACGGAACGGCGAUUGAUGACGCAUUUGGCUGGGUGGCACCGCGUGCAGUGCCUGCAGCGACGCGUCGUACGCACCGUGUGUGCGCGUGCGCACGUGUUGGCGCUGCGGGCUCAUCGCCAGCGAAAGGAAGCAGAACGACGUGCAUCAUCUCUCACCACCGCGAUGGAGGAGGUGGAGGCGUUGGCCCGUUCUACGACGGCCGAAGUGCUCCCGAGGCGAGCCGCAAUGCGUGUCUUCGCCGUCAACACCCUGCGGCCCGAGCUGCUCAAGUACAAAACUAACGCGGCAUCCUGCAUCACACACGCGGCACAGCUGCGCCGGUGCUUCCAUCGCUGGCGCACCCGGUUUCAGGCUCGCUGCGCAAAUAACUUUCGGCGACAGUGCGUCUACGUGCAGGUGACGCAGCGCUGGCUGCACGCCCUCACUGUCCAACAACAGCAGAAGGCGUGGAAGGCGUUGGUGAUGGGGCGCUGGGUGGUGGUCGCGCGGCACCAUCGCGACGCCGCCGCCGCCGCCCGGCUGCACGUGUUGUUUGUUCUGCGCCUCGCCUUCCACUUGUGGCACACUCACUUCACGCUGCGGGUGGCUGGUGCGUGGCACAGACGCCGAGACUGCUUUGAUCGGUGGCGCGAGAGGGCGGAGCUGCGUGCGGGGGUGCGCGCUCUUCGCGGCAUGUCGCUGCGCCGGCUGCUGUGGCGAUGGCACCUUCGCGCCCAAACGCGUGUUGACACCCGCGCCAACCUUUAUGUGGCGGCCACGCUGUUCGAAACGGGGCUGCUGCUGGGGUGUGUGCGGCGGUGGCGCUCUCGAGCCGGCGAGCACCGCCGCAUCCGUCUCGCGUGGGAGGUCUUGGUGCAGCUGCGCCGUGAGCGUUUGCGUCAGCGCUGCUUCGCCGUGUGGCAGCGUCGCACCGGCGGACCGGCGGCGGCCGCGGCACCAUCACGCAAGCGACCGAGCAACACUGUCGCUUCACCUGCUGUGUCUCUUCUCGUGUAG